GGGGGGCGCGGGGUCUCGGCCGGGGCGUGUGCGGGGGCGCCCGGCGGGGCGGGUCUUUGCGCCCGGCCCCGACGGUCCGGCUAUAAAGAGGCGCGCGCCGGGCGCAGGAGGCACCUCGCCUCGUCCCGCCGCGCCCCGACUCGCCAUGGACCGCGACUGCUCCUGCGCCGCCACCGGUGGACCCUGCGCCUGCGCCAGCGCCUGCAAGUGCAAGCAGUGCAAAUGCAGCUCGUGCAAAAAGAGCUGCUGCUCCUGCUGCCCCGCGGGCUGUGCCAAGUGUGCCCAGGGCUGUGUGUGCAAAGGCGCCGCCGACAAGUGCAGCUGCUGUGAGUGACCCCGACGAGGCUGCUUCCAGGUGUAAAUAGAGCAACUGGCAUAAACCUGCUUCUCUUUCUUUUUUCUUUCUUUCUUUUUUUUAAAUAACCCUGAUCUGCGGCUUCAACCCUUGGAAUAUGUGAAAGAAAAAAAAUAAAAAGACGUUCAUUUGA